CGAAAUGAAUCUCCUCGAACCCGAGAGUUUUAGGUGCUCUCGGAGGCUGCCGAAAUAUUUGCUUUUCUCGUCAAUUUUCUUUAAGGUGUGCAGUAUGAGCACCAUGAUGAGGACAGUCCAGUUUGAAGCAGGUGGACCCGAGAAGAUGUCAGUGGGAGAGGUUCCCGUGCCAGAACUUAAACGCCAAGAAGUGCUCAUUAAAGUUAUAACUACUGCCAUAAACAGAGCUGACACUCUGCAGCGUAAAGGGCAGUACCCCCCUCCCCCAGGGGCCUCCCCCAUCCUUGGCCUGGAAGCAGCAGGGUUGAUAGACCGUGUUGGCCCAGGGUGCAGUGACAAGUGGAAGGUGGGGGACAGAGUCAUGGCUUUGUUAAAUGGUGGAGGCAAUGCAGAAUAUGCUGCUGUGCAUGAAGACCAUGUGAUGCCAGUACCAAAAGGAAUGUCCAUGAAAUCAGCUGCUGCUAUACCAGAAGUAUGGCUGACUGCAUUUCAGUUACUGUACUUUAUUGGUGGUGUCAAAUCAGGAGAGACAGUGCUUGUACACGCCGGAGGAAGUGGUGUCGGCACAGCAGCAGUGCAGUUAAUAAAACUGGCAGGUGGCAGGUCUUUGGUGACAGCUGGUUCUGAGGAGAAGAUAAAGAGGGCGCUAGAGCUUGGAGCCGAGGCUGGCUUCAACUACAAAACAGAGGACUUUGCCGAGCAUGUAUUGAAGCACACAGACAAUAAAGGCGUCAAUUUGAUCUUAGAUUGUAUAGGGGCCUCUUUCUGGGAAAGGAAUGUUGCUGCACUGGCUGUAGACGGAAGAUGGGUUCUUUAUGGUUUGUUAGGAGGUGGUAAUAUAAAUGGAGACCUGUUGGCUAAAAUUUUGAGGAAAAGGAUCAAUAUUACUGGAACAACACUGAGGGCCAGAUCAACAGAGUAUAAAGCUGAGCUUAUCCGCGAUUUCACAGAGAAGGCCCUCCCAGCAUUCCAGAGCGGGCAGUUACAUCCUAUAAUAGACACUGAGUUUCCACUGGAGCGGAUAGCAGAUGCACACAGAUACAUGGAAGAGAAUAAGAACACUGGGAAAAUACUGGUUACUGUUAGCACUGAGGGAAAAGGGGAACUUUGAAGUGGAGAUCAGUUCAGUCAGGUUGAACAGAAAGUCCAUGCCGUUAUUAAACCCAGUGAUGCGAGGUAAUCAGUGAAGUAUCUGUUGCUCUGUGUAACAGCGACAUUGAGUAAUAGAGAAAAACAUUUUAAAUUAGGUAUGGCAUUAUGUGCCUGGAAUAAAGGUUAGACAAAUAUGAAAAAUUCUGUAUAUUUUUCAUAAGAAUCAAAACAUUCCAUCUCUAUUUUUAGGUAUAUGAAUAAUUUUACGAGACCAUACCCCAUAAGUAGUAGUAAAUGUAGCAGUCUUACCUAAUAGUGCUAUGUACAUAUUAUUUGAUCAUUGGCACAUAGGUCAUCUACGGGUCGAUAAGUACUGUAUCAGAAUUAUUAUAUUAAUUAACUUACGGUUAUCAUAUGUGAAAAAGAAGUGCUAUGCCUUUAUAUAUAGGAGUCAAGUGUGCAUUGCACAAAACACCGAAACAAGGGUCAUAAU